GGAGUCCCACCCUUCGCUCAGCCUUCCCUCCCUCGGGCCGGUCCCCGACUUCCAUUUCCCCACCCCAGGCUCCCGGUCCCGGUAUUUGUUCCCCGCCCGGUCGUCCUCUCCUCUCCUCUGCUCCGCCCAGGGUCCCCUGGCUCGGCCGCGGCCCAUGGCGCUGCAGAGCUCGGGGGUGACCUUCCGCAAGAUCCUGUCUCACUUCCCCGAGGAGCUGAGCCUGGCUUUCGCCUACGGCUCGGGGGUGUACCGCCAGGCGGGGCCAAACUCAGACCAGAAGAAUGCCAUGAUGGACUUUGUGUUCACAGUAGAUGAUCCUGUUGCAUGGCAUACAAAGAACCUGAAGAAAAAUAGGAGCCACUACUCGUUACUAAAAUUUUUGGGGCCCAGGAUUAUCACAUCCAUCCAGAAUAACUAUGGCGCUGGAGUUUACUACAAUUCAUUGAUCAUGUGUGAUGGUAGGCUUAUCAAAUAUGGGGUUAUUAGCACUAAUGUUCUGAUUGAAGAUCUCCUCAACUGGAAUAACUUAUACAUUGCUGGACGACUCCAAAAACCGGUGAAAAUUGUAGCAAUGAAUGAGAAUGUCACUCUUAGAUCAGCCCUUGAUAAAAAUCUGAGGAGUGCUGUGACUGCUGCUUUCCUCAUGCUCCCUGAGAGCUUUUCUGAAGAAGACCUCUUUAUAGAGAUUGCUGGACUCUCCUAUUCAGGUGACUUUCGGAUGGUUGUUGGAGAGGAUAAGACAAAAGUGUUGAAUAUCGUGAAGCCCAACAUGGCCCACUUUCGUGAGCUAUAUGGCAGCAUACUACAGGAGAACCCCCAAGUGGUGUAUAAAACCCAGCAAGGCCGACUGGAGGUAAACUGGAUGUGGAAAAUAGCUUCCAUUGUUUCUAAGAUAGAUAAAAGCCCAGAAGGACAAUUCACUCAGCUAAUGACAUUGCCCAAAACCUUACAGCAACAGAUAAAUCAUAUCACGGACCCUCCUGGGAAAAACAGAGAUGUGGAAGAGACUCUAUUCCAAGUUGCGCAUGACCCGGACUGUGGCGAUGUGGUGCGACUGGGACUUUCGGCAAUCGUGAGACGUUCUAGUAUAAGACAGAGUACCAAAGGCAUUUUUACUGCUGGUACUGUUGGUAGAAUAACAUAAUUCUCCUCAGGGUAGCAGAUGAGCGGCUGAGCCGGCUGGUUCAGGAGAAGCGCCACGCUGUACAGCCUCCUACAGCUCGUCUGCUGCCCCUCUCACAGAGCAGCAGGUGGCGUCACAUCUCAGACCCAGAACCAAAGACCACCUGAGCAAACUGUCACAUUUUGAGCAGCAGCCUUUUAUUAUAUAAAGUUUCUAACCUGAUUGGAGAGAAGUAGAACUGCCUGAGUACUCUGGUGUGGGAACAGGUAGGUGACAAAGGGCGGGAGUUAGUGAUUAGACUGAGAGAUAAGAAGGAGCCAGACUAAGAAAGACCUUAAAAGCCAUAUAAAGGAAUUCAGUUUCUUUAGAAGACAGAGGGAAGCCGCUAUAGGAUUGGGGAAAGACCACUAUAGCUAAAGAAUAGAGAAAUUGCUAGGGAGACCAAUUAGAUGUGAUUGCAGCCAGCCAGGUAAGGAAUUACAGCAACCUGAACUCAACCUCAGGCUAUACAGACAGAAGAGAUGCCAGCGUAUUUAGAAGGAAAUGACUGGGUCUUGGGAACAGAAGGAGAGAUGGGAAAAGAAGAGGAACUAAAUCCCAGGUUUCUGGCUUGGAAAGCAAUAGAACCAUUCCCUGAGGGGUGGGAGGUUGGAUGAGGAUGAUGAGUUUAAUUUUUGAAAUCUUGCUUUAUUUUCCCCUACCUGACUUUGUGGUCAAUCACAAUUAACUCUGCGGGCAAAUACCUAUUUACCUCUCUAGCUUCAAAAGAUUUGACUGAAUUAACAAGACAGGUUUAGUCUUGUUCCUUAAAAGAUUUUGGCAUGCCUCGGUUCAUCCUUACCCGUGGUGCCUAGAACACAACAGAAUGGAUUAUUCAUUAUCUUCUGCUUCUAAUUUCUUAUAACUAAAGCGUUUCUUCCAGUUUUUGUACCUACAUAUUUAAAUAAGAACAUGUAAAAAUAUUAAAGAUCUUUGUGGUGAUUUGCUUGUCACUUAAGCUUGAAGUUCUUAAAGUAAGUUGUAUUUCUGCUUCAGAAGAGAUUUUCUUUAUAGAUAUGUCUAACUAUGGUUGGAAGAAUGUUUGGGGGCUUACUAAUUUUAUCUCUGAAAGGUUUGAAAUAUAAAAUUAUCGGACAAUAGAAACAUUUUACAGCCUAGUCAAAUCUCUGUCUCACGUUUCCUGGAGAAUUUCUUUGUCAGUGGAUCUGUCUGUUUAAGGUCACAGAGGAGGUCAUAUAGUCUUGCGUGUGCAUCAGCUUUGCUGUAGCCCAUGUGAAACAUGCUAAAAAAAAGCCAAAGAAAAAACUUAAGAGCCAUAUAUUGAAGUAGAUUUCUGUAUGCUUCUAAAACAAAAUUCUGACUUUAGAUGCUGAUCAAAAUUCAUAAUGACUAGCUUUAGGUAAAUAAGGAUCUCUGUAAAGAGGAUGCCUCUAAAGAGGUGUUUCCUCUUUAUCCAGUGCAGAAGGGGCAAAGGAUGAUGGUGGUCAGACACAGAGUAAAGUCUGUCUCUUAGCAGGCUGUCUUCCCUAGAAGGGAACACAUUCUAAAUGAUUGUAGGAUGUGCAGAAUUCUUAAAUCACCACCUUUUCUUCAGAAAGGAAGCUGAAAGUAAGAGCAAGCUUCAUGUAAGCCAAGUAGAAUUGUGUGGACCGUGCACUCUAUGAGGGCGGAGACCAUAGCUGUUGUCAUGCCAGUAUCCCGAAUAACUACUCAGUGCCUUGCUUGUUCACACUUGUUCCGUGUGUGACUGAGUAAAUGAAAGUUGCUACAUCUUCUGGCAGUAGGAAAUAUCUCCAUAUAUACAGAGAAGUGCACAUAAAUCUGGUGACUUUUCAUAAAGUGAACACCUCACGGAUGUAGUGCCCAGAUAGAGAAAGAAUGCUGUGCCGACCCCCAGAGCCCCGCACCCGCCAGGCACUGCUCCUCUGAGCGAGUGCUAGCUUGCCUCCCAGGGCCAUAGUUCUUCUUUUGCCUAUUUUUGAACUUACAUAAAUAUAUUGUUCUCUUUGUGUCUUUCACUCCUCAUAACAUCAAUAUGAUUCAUCAUGUUGAGAAUAGCAAUAGUUCAUUCUCAAUGCAGCAUUCUAUUAUAUGAAUACCACAAUUUAUACAUUCCACUAUUGAUGGAUUCUUGGGUUUCUAGCUUGGGACUAUUCAAGUGGUGUUGCUAUGAAUAUUUUUGUUCCUAUCUAUUAGUGAGCCUAGGUAUACAUUUCUGUCAGGUAUACACUUGGGAUAGAAUUCCUGGAUCAUAAGGCAUGUGAAUGUUCAGCAUUAGUAGAUACUACCAACCAGUUGUCCACAUUUACACUCUCACUAGCAAAGUUCCUCUUGUAGUACCUCCCUGGCCAAUACUUGCUAUUAUGUGUCUUUUUCAUUUCAGGCACUCUGAUAGGAGAAUAGCGGUAUCAUAUUGGGCCUUUUGUUUGUUUGUUUGUUUGUUUUGAGUCAGGGUCUCGCUUUGUUGCCCAGCCUAGAGUGAGUGCCAU